GGGAUGAGGGACACGGAGCCCACGCGGUUCCCACGGCCGCUCUGUCUGCGCAGGAGGGAGUGAACGGCCCAGACUGUCCCCUCGUCCCUGGGAGCGGGUCCCAGCCCAGGCGGGCGCAGGGCCAGGCUGAGCUCGCUCCCCCCCGCCGGCCCGGAUGACAGAUGCCUGCGGUGGAGGAGAACAAGCUGCAGCCCCCGCUCCCAGCCUGGAUGCCUCCGACCCGGAGCUGCAUUACGAGGAGGAAGAGGAGGAGGAGGAGGAGAAGUCGGAGCCCUCAGACACCAGCAGCAUCUUGUCCGAUGACUCCGUCUACCCAUGCUACGAGUCGUCCCCGGGGGCCGGCGGGGAUGGGUACCUCAGCCUCUACCAGUGCUGUGCCAGGAACGAUGCCAAGCUGGUGUGGGAGAAGCUGGAGCACGGGGUGACCAGGAGCGAGGCCACGGAGGUGGACACCAACGGGAGGAAUGGGCUGAUGGUCGCCUGCUACAAGGGCUUUGUGGACAUCGUGCCCCUGCUGCAGAAGUGCCCCUACCUGAAUGUCAACCAGCAGGACAAGGAUGGGAACACGGCCCUCAUGAUGGCGGCGCAGGCGGGACACAUCACCAUCGUUAACUACCUCCUCAACUACUACCCCAUGCUCGAUGUGGACAAGCGAGACCCCCGUGGCCUGACGGCGCUGAUGAAGGCCGCGGUGCAGGGGCGGCAGGACUGCGUGGCCGCGCUGCUCCUGGCCGGAGCUGACUUGCAGAUGGUGGAUCCCAUCAAGGGGAAGACGGCCAGGGAAUGGGCAAACUUCACAGGCCGAUUUGAGACAACCCUGCGGAUCCGGAGCCUCCUGCAGCGCCCACGAGCAGAGCAGUUCAGCACCCAGUACCGGCCCGAGUGGCCAGCUCUGGCCGAGCUGGUGGCCAAGGCCCUGAGCCCCAAAUCCAGGGGCAAGAGGCUGUUGGAGAAGAUCCAAUCCAUGUUCACCUUCAGCUUCCCCCAUGACCCCGAGGAGGACGGCGUGAUGGACCACAUGGUGAGGAUGACCACGUCCCUCGCCAGCCCCUUCGUGGCCACCACUUGCCAAACUGUCUGCCCCGACAGCCCCCCCGAGGUGGGCAAGCACAGGUUGUCUGUGCCGGAGAUCCUGGGGCAACAUGUGGCGGAUCCAGAUGCUGAGCCAGACCUCCCCUCGUGCCCCAGCACCGGUGCAUCCUCUUGCAACGGCCAAGCCAUGUCGGAGAUCCGGCUCCUGCCGCCACGCCGGCCGGCCGGUGGCCUCCUGCGCCUCCUGCCCCUGCGCCUGCGCUGCGGGAACAUCAUCUUCCCCGGGGACCCCGUCCCAAAAAUCAAAGUGAGCAAAUCCUCCGACUCGUCCGCCUGCUCGAGGGAGCGGAGGCGCAGGGCGGGGGACAAGAACCUGCUGCAGCCACCCAAGUGGCGGUACAAGGAGCUGAAGGAGGAGAAGAAAGCAGCCGAGGAGGGGAAGAGUGAGGAGAAAAAGAAGAAAAGGGGGAAGAAGCGCUAAGGGAGGAGGUGGCAGGGUGGAGGUCAGGUCCCUGCUGUCCCCUCAGAUGUGUUUGCUUUUCUGGCACGGGGAUGGUUUCCUUCCCCGUGGGACAGUGACACCCGAGGGAGGAGGAUGCUGCGAUGCUGAGAUGUCCCAAGCCCUGUGGUCCCGGGUCCCCGACUCCCUGUCCAGCCCCUCGUCCUCAAGGGCGGCCACCCCGACCCGGCUGCGGUUGUGCCGGGUCUGAUGUGCUGAGCCCCUGGCCGGCCGGGCUCUGGCUCUGCCAGGGAGCAGAUCUGUGGCAGAAGGGCCCUUUUCUCUUCUUUUUUCCUUCUUUUCUUUUUCUUUCUUCUUUUUGUUCUUUUUUUUUUAAUGCUUCUUUGAUCUUCCUGGAAUCUUGAUCUUGCAGCACGUGGCAGAACACGGCCAUGCAAAUUAAAAUGGAAGCGGUUGCCAUGUUAACAGGAUUGACUUGAUGAAUAAAGCUCAGGGCUGCUUGUAGGGCUGGCAGAGACACUUACCCCUUGCUGCCGGUGUCCCCCGUCUACCCCGUCACCCACUCGGUGACCCGAACAACCUGCCUGUUCCCAGGUUGCAGGUGGACAAGCGGAGGUUCAGCACGGGGAGGUAUCUCGGUGCUGCAGGAGGGUGAGCAGGAGCUCCAGGUGCAAACACAGGGGGACCCAAACCUGGGGUGUCUGGGGACUCCAUCCCGGCUGCCCUAUGGAGCCAGGGUGCUCGGAGAGGAGGUAGAUUUUGUACUCCAGCGUUACCCAGGACAGGACCCAGUGGUCCCUGUUCCCAAGCAAACCACCCUCUGGGACCCCCCGCCUGCCCCGUGCAGCCCCCGGGACCCGCUGCUGGGGGAGCCGUGCAGCUGCCUGUGUGUCAGGUGCCCCCGCACCCACGGGUGAGAUGUGCUGCAGCGGCAGCAAGAUCCUGCGCCACAUAUUUCAAGCUGCUCUUAAAUCCAGCUCCAUCUCAGAGUGUGGGGAGGUGAAACUGGGGUGCUGGCCCCCCAAGCACCCGGGUUUGACCUGCAGAGAGAGCGACUGGCAGCAAGAGCUGCU